AUGGUCCGCACACUGUAUGCCAUCGGUGCUGUGUUUCUUCUGAUGGGAUUUCUGCUACCAGCAGCAGAAGGGAGAAAGAGGAAUCGUGGAUCUCAAGGUGCUAUCCCUCCUCCUGACAAAGAUCAGCCCAAUGAUUCAGAGCAAAUGCAGACACAGCAGCAGUCGGGCUCUAGGCAUCGAGAACGAGGAAAAGGUACCUCGAUGCCUGCGGAAGAGGUGCUGGAGUCUAGUCAGGAGGCAUUGCACAUCACUGAGCGCAAAUACCUAAAGCGGGAUUGGUGUAAAACUCAACCCCUCAAACAAACUAUCCAUGAAGAAGGCUGCAACAGCCGUACCAUUAUCAACAGGUUCUGCUACGGCCAGUGCAAUUCCUUCUACAUCCCCAGGCAUGUCCGUAAAGAGGAAGGCUCCUUCCAAUCUUGUUCCUUCUGCAAGCCUAAGAAAUUCACCACCAUGACUGUUACACUCAAUUGCCCUGAGCUUCACUUUGCCACAGGCAUGCAGUUUGUUGAAAAAGAGAUGCAGAACUUUGCCAGCAAUAAUCCUCUUUUUAUAUCUUUUGCCACAGACUUGCAUUUAAACGGGAUUUGGACUAAGUAA